AUGGCGACACCAGUUUCAAAGGCCACUACACCUGCAUCAGUAGCCGACCAGCAAAGGGUGUCGGAUACUGGCACUGCCGUCGGUGUAGUGGAUUUGCCAAGUGCUCCCGUUGCCGAGGGAGUCACCACUCGUGCUUCAUCUGCCGCCCGCCAAGAAGUGAUGUUCCAGGCUAUGCAAAAACGCAUCGCCGCGCUUGAACGUAGCCUGAAAGUUGCCCAAGACAAAAUAAGGGAACACGAGUUAACCAACGAAGCCCAGCGCGUUGAUGCGCAAAGCAUAGCCAGUGCACCCAGCGACAGUUCCGCCAACGAAUCUGCCUUGCCGUCAUCAAGCCUGCCGAUGACACAGAUCCAGUUGCUUCAGCCGCAAUCGCCGUUAAUAACAUGUGCUGCUACCUGUGUGCAUACGGUGCAGCCGCCGCCGCCUCAGAACGCUACACGUUAUCAGAUGUACACCGCUACUCGUUCCUCACCGCUUAUUUACACAUCCUCAACAAAUGGGACGUACAGCAGCUCGACUUUGCCUCCGGGCGACACAUUUGUUAGCAGUCUUCCGUCAACGGUGCCAAUUUCCGCUAAUGUGGGCUCCUUACCCUUGCAGUUUUCAACCCAGCCAAGGAAAUUGCAAGAUUUGCCGGAGUUUAGCGGGAAACCAGAGGACUGGCCGAUAUUUUUUACUGCCUACACCGAGUCAACCACUGUCUAUGGGUACAGUCGCUUUGAGAACAACUUACGCCUGCAGAAGUGCUUAAAGGGUGAAGCCCGAGAAGCUGUUAAAUCGCUACUAAUCCAUCCAAACAACGUGGCCAAUAUCAUAGAGCAACUUAAGUUCCGAUUCGGUCGCCCAGAGCAAUUAAUUCGAAGCCAGCUAGCCCAUGUUCGAGAAAUUGCCCCGAUAUCGGAAAGCUCAGUGGUAAAGUUGAUACCAUUUGCGACGAAGAUUAGCAACGUCUGUGCAUUUUUACGUUCUGCAUGUGGCGGAGAGCAGUAUUUAGUGAAUCCAACACUCCUCGAAGAGCUCGUCGGAAAGUUACCCAUGAGCAAGCGUAUCGAAUGGGCAGUCUUUGCGUCAUCUUUACAGCCUUACGCAACUGUUCAGCAUUUUAGCGAUUGGCUCACUCAACUUGCCAACGUCAUCUGCACGGUUUACGAUGGAGAAGCAGCGAAAGAUUCGAAGCGUCGGGUUGUGUUGCACGCUGCCGAAUCUCAACGUCAUUCAGCCUGCCCUAUUUGUCAGGGCCAACAUAAGCCAGCCGAUUGUACGCAGUUUAGUCAACUUACAGUGCCGGAAAGGUGGGAGGAAGUGAAGCGACGUCACCUUUGUUUUUCUUGUCUCAACGUUGGACAUGGGUCGCGCAAUUGCCAACGGCGCAAACUAUGUUCAACUGACGGGUGCAAACGGUGGCAUCAUAAAUUGUUGCACGAUAUUGGGAAAAUAAUCGAUGGGUCAUCAAACCAGUCACCGCGGCCUCGAGAUCGCCAACGACGUACUUCCAUUGCCGAUACACAUACAGGUAUUAGUACGAGGACGCAGCCAGCGUCUCGUAUUGAACAGCAAGGUGAUGCGGGUGCAGCGGUCCUUAGUUGCAGUACAGAUAACAAUAGUAAGUUAUUAUUUCGGAUUCUGCCGGUCGUGCUGUAUGGGAACCAAAAGCGCGUUGAGACGUACGCACUUUUAGAUGAAGGUUCGUCAAUAACAAUGAUUGAUAGCACACUAAUUGAAGAGCUCGGCUUACGUGGCCGGACUGAACGCUUGAACCUACAGUGGUUCGGAGGACGUGCCGCUCAGGAGUCGGCCAUGGUGGUAGAUCUACUCGUGAGUGGUGCCGGUAUGCAAAAGAGACAUAAGUUACGAAGGGUUUAUGGUGUUUCAAACUUGCAGCUGCCUUCUCAGAGUCUGAAUAAAUCCGAUUUGCGUUGCCAUGAAAGCCAAUUGAAUAAGCUGGCAGUUGAACCAUACGCACAAGUCAAGCCAAAGCUGCUAAUCGGACUCGACCACUGCCACCUCGGUUUGCCGUCAACUACAAUGCAGCUAAACAAGUGUGGGCCAUUCGCUGCGAAUACUGAGCUAGGAUGGGUUGUAUUUGGGCCAACAAUGAACUCCGAUCCAUCAUUGCCAUCAUGCUUAUUCGUUAACUGCCACACUGAUCAAUCUCUACAUAAUAUGGUUGCUGAAUACUUCGAGACGGAAAGCUUUGGGGUUCGAGCUGCACCUAUCAUGGAGAGUGAAGCUGACGUCCGUGCUCGGGAAAUCUUGAAGUCUACUACAUGCCGUGUUGAAGGAAGGUACCAGACUGGUCUGCUCUGGAAACGUUCCGACAUACAGCUACCUGCCAGCUAUUCUAUGGCUUUGAAAAGAUUAGCGGGUGUUGAAGCAAAAAUGAGGCGCGAUACAGACUUUGCCGCUGAAUAUAACCGCAUCAUAAGUUCUUACGUCAUGAAGGACUACGCACGAAAGCUGUCGCCAGAAGAAGCCGCUUUAACUUGCAAUAGAACAUGGUACCUGCCUCAUUUUGCCGUGAAGAAUCCAAAUAAGCCAGGCAAGUUACGCAUGGUGUUCGACGCAGCUGCUGAGGUGGACGGUGUGUCCCUUAAUUCACAGCUUAUGAAGGGUCCGCAAGAGUAUCGGUCUUUGCCUGCUAUACUAUUCCACUUUCGGGAAGGAGCAACGGGCGUGUGUGGGGACAUCAAAGAGAUGUUUCACCAGGUGCUGGUUCAACGUGACGACAGAUGUGCGCAACGAUUUCUUUGGCGCCAAGGUGAUACUACCAGACAGCCCGAGGUAUAUGAGAUGCGCGUAAUGACCUUUGGAGCAGCAUGUUCGCCUUGCGCCGCCAAUUAUGUGAAGACGAUCAAUGCGUUGGAGUAUGGCAACAAAGUCAAGGGUGCUACCCGAGCCGUGAAAUCGAUACUGGACUACCAUUAUGUCGAUGACUAUGUCGAUAGCUUUGACACAGAGGAAGAAGCAGCUGACAUAACGAAACAAGUUCGCGCAAUACAUAAGAUGGCCGGUUUCGAUCUUUGUAAUUUCGCGUCAAACUCAUUAAGAGUGACAGAAGCACUUAGUGGUGACGGGAAUAUCCGUCAAAUAGCAAAUAAAGAAGGAGUACUGGUGGACAGAGUCCUCGGUUUGUUUUGGCAGGCAUCAACCGACACUUUUGGGUUUAAACUGAGAUUCAACAACGUAGAUUCCAACGUUUUGGACGGAGGGCGCCGUCCGACGAAGCGAGAACUUCUCAGUGUGGUCAUGUCGAUCUUCGACCCGCUGGGCUUUCUUAGCAACUUUGUAGUGAGCGCUAAGAUCCUCAUGCGGGAAGUGUGGAAGAAUGACAUCCGGUGGGACGAGCCACUGCCAAACAACGUAAACACCGCAUGGGAAGGAUGGCGUAAACAACUGCCAAUGGUCGCCGAAUAUACCGUCCCUCGAUACUAUUAUCGAAAUGGGAAACCUGAAGUUUUGCAGCUCCAUGUUUUCGUCGACGCCAGCGAGGAUGCCUUUGCCGCGGUAGCCUACUGGAGGUCAACUAAUGCCGCCGGUGAGGUUGAAGUCGCAUUUAUAUCUGCAAAAACUAAAUGCGCGCCGAUGAAGUCAUUGACGGUCCCUCGAUUGGAGCUUCAGGCAGCUGUAUUGGGUACGCGUUUGCUGAAUUGCCUACGAGAGGAGCACUCCUUGCACAUCGAUGACUGCGUCAUUUGGAGUGACUCCAAAACAGUGAUCCAGUGGCUUCGAAGUGAACAUCGACGCUAUAAGCCAUUUGUGCAGCAUCGGAUCGCCGAGAUAUUAGCCACAACUACUACUGCAAACUGGAGAUGGCUACCUACCGAGCACAAUGUCGCUGAUGAGGCUACUCGAGCUAAUAACUUUGUCGACUUCAGCUCGUCCGCCCGUUGGUCCUGCGGCCCACCAUUUUUGUUACGAGAAGAGCAGUAUUGGCCGACAGAGAGCUCUACAUGCAAUCAUCAUGAGGAAGCUGACAAGGAACUACGUCCUAAAUUCGCCCUUGCAAUCGUAAGCUGUACGUUUCUAGACUAUAACCGAUUCUCUACAUUCAGUAAACUGGUGAGAACGACAGCAUGGGUCCUGCGAUUCAUUGACGUUUGCCGCCGCCGUACACCGCCAGACCGAGGCUAUGGGUUGACUGCCAAAGAAGUUGAGACUGCUAAGCUUUGUUUGUGCCGCCUCGUUCAACGCGGUGAAUACGCCGAAGAGUUUCAGCACAUCGAAAGCGGUCGCAACCUGCCACGCACCAGUUCGCUCAUUCAACUUUCGCCGUAUAUAGACGAAGAUGGUGUUCUUCGUGUACGAGGACGCAUAGAAGCUGCCAGCUGGCUCCCAAUAAGCGCGAGACGCCCUAUCAUACUACCGCCAAAGCAUUGUUUCUCAAAUCUGGUCGCCAUGCACUACCACGUCAAAAUGCAUCAUCAAAAUCUAGAAGCCACUAUUUGUGAGAUACGUCGCCUUUAUUGGGUACCACGCCUCAGGAGUUUGCUGCGCAGUAUAGUCGCCAAUUGCGCCAUUUGUCGCUUAAGGAAAAUCCAUGCCGUAUCGCCAUUGAUGGGCCCUCUUCCGAUUGAUAGACUCACUCCUUAUGUCAGGCCAUUCAGCUAUACGGGCCUUGAUUACUUUGGACCGAUAACAGUAACUGUUCGCCGCGCCAACGAAAAAAGAUGGGUGGCGUUAUUUACGUGCCUGACAGUCAGGGCUGUGCAUCUGGAGUUGGCUCAUGACCUCAGCACUGACUCAUGCAUAAUCGUAUUGCGCAACUUUAUAAAUCGUCGCGGCGUUCCCGUACGUGUGAGGUCCGAUAAUGGGAAGAACUUCGUCGGUGCUGACAUGGAAGCAAAGCGCUUCAGUGAAGUCUUCGAUUGCAAUCGCCUGCAGGGUGAGCUAUCGCAAAGCGGCGUAGAGUGGAUUUUUAACUCGCCUUUCAACCCGGCAGAGGGGGGCGCUUGGGAACGAUUGGUGCAGUGCGUAAAGAGAGUACUACGAUGCACUUUGAAGGAAACGUCGCCACGGGAGCACACGCUCAACUGCUUCCUAAUCGAGGCGGAAAAUAUUGUGAAUUCUCGGCCGUUGACGCACUUGCCCAUCUAUGUCAACCAGGAGCAGCCGCUGACUCCAAAUGACUUCCCUCUCGGUGAAGCCAACACACCGCGAACUCCGAUUGCCAGCGAAGUUCUGGAAACCAAAUGCUUUCUUCGACAACAGUGGCGUCUUGCUCGACAACUAAGGGACCAUUUUUGGAAACGAUGGAUAGCGGAAUACCUUCCGACAUUGACACGCCGGGUGAAGUGGUGCCAAAGAACAAAACCUCUGCAGAUAGAUGACCUCGUCUUCAUAUGCGACCCAAAUAUAUCUCGUCGGGACUGGUGUCGAGGCAAGGUGGAACGUUUGUAUGCAGGAGGGGAUGGUGAGGUCAGACGAGCUGACGUACGCACUUCGAGUGGAUUAAAGCGCCGUGCCGUCUCCAAAUUGGCAGUUCUGGACGUUGAUGAUGGUGAAUCGGGUUGA